CGACGGUCAUACAAGUGCUGCACGAGCCGCCGAUUGGGUGCUUCAGGUUUUCCCGCCAAAACUCGACUCUUCCCGCCAACUCGACCAACUUGAUCCAGCGUCUCUGCUCCGAAGCCAUGGAUGCGUCAGAGCCCAUGAGUCUGGACGACUGGGACGCACGCACGUCCAGCAACAGAGCCGCUCGAGGACACGGCGAGGGCGUCGAGACGCUGAGCGAUGCCGACCGAGCGAGGCUUCGCGCGCGAAUCGUCGCCGCCUUCAAGCUCACUGGCUUGGCCCUCAAGGCCGAGUCUGUCAAGUUGAUUCAAACUGCAUUAAUCCCAUUGUCACCAUUCGAAUGGGAUGCCAAGCUUGGUGAAAUUCUGCGUGCUCUGGAGCGACGGACGCUCGAUUCGAGCGUGGUUGACGGUCCGAGUGUGCAGCGUGUGCUGGACGACUUGGCCUUUGAGUCUGUUCUUGCGCCAACCACCAUGUCCACGAGCUACCAGGGCCAUGCUCGCUCUAACGGAGCGAAUGUGAGCAACAUUGCCGCGUCCUCCAUGGAUCGAUUGCUGACAUGCAUUGACGCCUUCUCGGUGCCAAAGCUGGCCUACAAUGCGGAUCGGAAAACCUUUCAGCUUGUGCCCAGCAAUCCAAUGCUGCAUUCAGACGCAGCGUCCAAGGCAGCCAUCUACGCAGACCGCUUUGCCCUCUUGAAGCAGCGGACGCUUCGUGCAGAGCACUUUCUGCAGCCGAUUGUUGUCACACACGUGCCCUCCUCUGGCGCCGACGACGCGUUUGAGCAAAAGCAGGAGCGCUUCAGUCUGACGCCGUUGGACGCUCUGAUCGGGGCCGCCGAAAAGGAUCUCCAGAAUCUGAUGACUUUCGGCAUGCUCACCCAGAUGGAGGAAGGCAAGCUCUUCCUCGAGGAUGCGGGCUCGACGAUCGAGCUGGAUCUUUCACAGCUAGAGGAAGUCCUCACUGGCAUCUUUACCGAAAACUGCUUUGUCCUGACGGAGGGAGAGGUGGUUGGCAAAGUGCUCAAGGCUCGCUGGAUUGGUUUGCCGGCCUCCGAGUCUCGCGAGACUGCGAGGAAGAAUUUCAGUGCGGUCAACUUUUUUGGCGGCAAUUAUAGCAUUCAAGAUGCUCCUCAAUACAAGGUCCUCGAACGGCAAAACGAAGACGCUUUCUUUGUGGUCUUGUCUGAUGUUUGGCUGGAUCAACCCAAGACCAUGGAAAAACUCCGUGUACUCUUUACAGGCUAUGCCAGCUCGCCUCCGGUUGCCUUUAUUCUCAUUGGCGAUUUCACCUCGCCGCCUUACGGAAGGAAUCAUGCACCACUGUUGAAGCAGUGUUUGACCCAGCUCGGAAAGUUGGUCGCAGAGUUUUCACAAAUCAAGCGGAAGAGUCGAUUUGUGUUUGUUCCCGGCAACAACGACCCUGGUCCAGGAAACAUUCUUCCACGGCCUGGACUCUCGGCAUCCAUCACAGAAGGAUUUCGUGAAUUGGUUCCAAACGUCGAAUUUGGGAGCAACCCGUGCCGACUGCGGUAUUGCACACAAGAAAUUGUCAUUUUCCGAGAGGACCUCCUGUCCAAAAUGCGACGCAAUUGCAUUCUGCCAACACCAGAGAAGAGCGACGUCUCGCUUGCGGCAGCGUUCACGAAAACAGUGAUCGAUCAAGCACACCUCUGUCCACUUCCGCUGCACGUCCGGCCUGUUUAUUGGGACUUUGAUCAUGCUCUUCGAAUCUAUCCCGCUCCCGAUGUGCUCAUUCUCGCCGACAAGGCCGAGCCCUACGAUCACAGAUACAAUGGUUGCGUGUGCCUCAACCCAGGCUCAUUUGUAACGUCCGGGUUCAAGUUCUACGAGUACCAGCCCGCAACUCGAAGAUGCGAAGCCUCGGAACUUAGCAUGGAUCUAAGCAAACUCGAGUAACGUGCGAUGAUGGCGACAAGUGUGAGCAUGGGCCUAACGUCGUCUGCAUUGACGGAAUAGCAAAACCAAAUACAUUCUUCUGUGAAG